AAAACGAGCGAAAGCGAGGGGAGAAAAGCAACGUCUAAUAAAGAGAGGACUUCAUCCAUGCGAAGUAAAAGAAUGAAACUCAAGAGACUUUCUGAAGGUCCAGAUCUGGACGAUGUGAAAGAGAGCGUGGUCGCUUGUAAACAUGCAUCCUCUCCAAGAGAAAGGUGCCGUCCAUUAUCUGGACCACAUGCAAUCGAUUCUUCUGAGGUUAACAAGGACGAUGCACCGCCCAAAAAAGGCGGAGCUUAUCUUUUGCCUCCCUAUUCUGAACCCCCAAAUCCUUGUGAGAACAAUGCAUCAAAAGCUGUCAAAGGAGAAAUGCUGGCAAAUUGUGAAGACCAAUCAAAUGAUAUGGAGGGACUUAGGAAGGAUUCUACUUCAAAAGUGAUCAUAGAGGCAGGAUUUCCGAGGAACGGGAACAAUAGCAGCAGAUCUAAUUCUUCCAUGUGCAAUAAUGUUGCUGGCGUCCGCACCAGCGAGAGAAUUUUAAAAGAUUGCAAAUCUGGAGAUAGCUCAAAUAAGGGAAAUGACAUGGAGCAUCAAGAAAAGGCUGUCCAGGAACUGAAAUUGAAACAGAAAGCAGUUUGGAAAAGUUUCAUUAAUGAGAAGAUGCAAACAAAAAAAAAUAGGCGCAAGGCUGCCACAGGAAACCGAUCGAUCAAAUCGGAACCUUCCUCUCCUGCUCUAAGAAUAAGAAGGGCCAUCCGCUCAAGACCUGAUAGUUCCACUGUUGACCAGGACAAUUUCCAAUCGGAAGCCAGAUCAGAACGUACAGUAGCCCAUUCAAACGUAAGAGACUGCUUCACUCCAGGAGGCAGUGAUAUAAUCCUUCCCAUGUCAAGAUCAAGAUUUUCAAGAGGCAUUUCAGUUCCACGUUCAUGGAAAUACUUUGCAACAAAUUCUAAGGGAAUUGAAGUGGAGGCAUUGGAGAAUAUAACAUCGACAAUCAAGUCCUUUUCGAAACGUUCUCUAUUAUCUGUUAAGCAGGUACCUCUAGAGACAGGUCCUUUGAGGAGCCAGAAAGGCAAUUUCAAAGAAGCGGAGACAUCACAUUCCAGCUUAAAUUCAGAAGAAAGAGAAGGAAGUGUGAAGAGAGAUGAGGGUUCCAAGUUUUCUGGCAAUACUGCUGACAAGUGGAUUAGUACAUGGAAAACUGAAAAGUAUCAAGAGGAUAUCAUCAAAGGCAUGAAACGAGUAAAAGAACUAAUCAGUGUACCAACUUCUCAAGGGACCUUUAACUGGCAGCCAUGGCUGUCAAUAAAACUCCCUCGAAAAAGUACUCCAGAUCAGGAAAUGAGGAAUCCUUAUCUUGAAGACCACGGAAAUGAGACAGAUCUAUCUCAAAGUCCGAUGACUUGCUCGAAGAACAAGAUAUUGCUGUCAUAUUCACCCGCAAGAACUAUUGACCGAGUGAUGGGCUAUAAAGAAAGCGAUUCUGCGAAUCCUAGUUCAACGAAUCGCCCAAACUUUGCAGCCGUGUUAUCUCCAAAAUCGUCAUUUGUUCCAAAAGUAAGGAAGUCUUCACCAAUGAAGAAAAUUGCAAGAGUCAUGAGAAAAGAAUCUUCUUCUCCUAAAUUAGACCCUUGGGAGGCACAGUCUCUAGACUUUGUGCUAGGAUCUCUCACAGAGCAGGUAAAGGACCUCGAUGAACGCCUCCGAAGUGCUACAUCAUCUUCACCAGCUUCGAGGUUGACUUCAAGUCUCAGCAGAGAUUUAGAUGCAAACCACCCGAUUCUCAUCAACAGUCUUUCAGAGAGGCUUCUUAAGGAUCACGAUAAUUCAUUCCCUUCUGUUGCCUCUUCUCCCGAAAGAUACGUCGAAGAAAGCAGUUGUAGUUCACCAGCGGCGAGAAAUAUUGGUAGAAGUAAUGCUCGAAGUCAAAAAGAUUCUGCAUGCUCCAGCAAUCCAUUUACUGCAUCAGAAAGACCAGCCUCGACUAGGACGUACAUGGAUGACCGCAAAACAUUGUUAAGUGUAGUCGGCGGUGAUCAUUCAAACUCACCUAGAAGAAAACUUGUUACCAGCUCUCGGAUCACUCAAAAUGUCAAUAUGGAAGGUAGUUUGCCCAAGUUUCAAGAUGAAGCGAAGAAGACCAAGUUGCUGUCGUCAAUGAGAAACAAAAGUGAUGCCACAAAACUUACAACUGCAUCUGUGUCAUCCUCGUCAGUCUCAACUGAUACUUCGGGGUCACGCUCUGAAACCUCUCAAAAAGACACAUGUAAGGUCAAUGUGGUGAUGGUGAAAAAAGGGAGAACGCAUGUAAUUGGAAAUGACGUGGUUGAUGAGCCAAAUGCCGAGGUACAACGGGAUUAUAGGGUCGUGCACGAGAGGUUUAAUGCAAACGAUAAUACAAGGCUGAUGGGCGUAGAGAAAAAUUCCUCAGACCAGGUUGAAGAUACGGUUAAUACAGCAAGAGGCAUGAGAGAAACUAAAACAUAUGAAAAGAGAGACGUGUUUCAUGAGAACAGUUUCAGAGAAGAUGAUGGAAUUAAGCGGGCUUUGCAGAAGAGGUUAGCACAAAGCAGAUGGACGCAACACACUAGAGAGAAUGACUGUGUUGGAGUUAAAGAAAGAUUGGAGAAACGAACCGUUGAAGUCAGGGGUUGCACUCCCCAGCAGAUCAUACACAGAGGUUGUGGAGUACUUAGAGAACAAUUAGUAAAGGAGGUGGUUGAGAAUGGAUUACCUUUUCUGGAAUUGAAUGGAAAUGCGAGUUUCAGAAGAAGUACUAUAAAUCCCCAUAGAGAGCGGAUUAUUCAUGAAGGUGAUAAUGACAAACGAAGAUUGAUGCAACUAAAAAGAGUCCCACACGAAUUAUCUGUUCCUCAGCAGGUCCUGUCGAAUGAAAAUCUCUUCACCAAUGACGUUGCAGAAGGUGAUGUUCAACCACGGGGACAUGCAACACAUGUUGGAAACAAUGGGCAUGCUGUGACCACAAAGCAUCUGUGUAGGAAGCCUAAAUUGCAGCGAGCCGAAAUUCAAGCUAGGGUUUCCGGACCUUCAAAUGGGGAGAGUCCAGUCUGGGAAGAGGAGUCCAGUUCUUCUGGAAGUUGGAAGAAUGGAUGCAUAAGUUGGAAUGAAGUGGAUGGCCAAAUGCUACUUUCUGGAUCGGUCGAUUUCUCACCUUGGAGAACUGAAAGGCUUCCGGAUAUAGCAACUCCUCUAACUGUAAUGGAGGAUAGCAAUUGCAGCAAGUUGUCUUCUCCUGUUGCAGCAGAAGCAGCUGAUAUCAAAGCUUAGUCACCAGCAAACAAAGAAGCUCAUGCUCUGAGGCGAGCUACCUAAUGGGAAGUAACGCCACAAGUUGAAGAGACCUAAAUCAAUACUUAGGAGGGUCAAUCUUCUCUGGUCUCUUGUUCGAGGUUCAGCCACACUUAAAUAAUGGGGAGGUCAGAAGAACCCCUCACCUACAAGAAGCAAAUCUCCCCGAGAUGAAGACUUCAGCAAUGAACCAAAGAACAUCAUUUGUGCUCCUAAACCUGUGAAUGGAACAUAGCUCAUGGCUUGAAGAGAUGCUUGACACAACUUCAAAAUUUCCAACAUGAUAAUAUCUACUAGUUAUCGUCGCAAACUGCCCAGAUAGUCACCACAAGGUUAUCAAUAGGCGGAAGAACACUCUUCAGAUCGACAUGGUAAUCAAGCCUCCAUGACCUUUUGCAUGUAUUUCCAUGUGACCCCUCCUCAUGGUGUUCUUGUAUCGUGCGUAACUGUGGAAUUUCAGCCGUUCAAGAGUUGGUUGCAUCUAGUUUUCAGGAACGUUAAGGCUCGAGACCGUCUUUUACAAGUAUAAGUCCGUGAGUUGAGCUGGCAUCCUUAAUGACGCUCUUUUAAUAUCACGGCGUCUGGCACCUUCUAUUGAAAGUAAUUUUCUCACAAAUAAGCUUCCAGUAUUUGUUGCCACAUGCCGUCUAGAACUUUCCAGACGACCCACGAACAUCCUUUUAAACCUCAAACCUAAGACUCAAUUAUACCCUUCUAUUGACCUCCACUAAAGAUGAAAUUAAUUUGUCAGUUUCUCUGAGAUAAGUAUUCGUGUCUUUAUGUGCAUUAUUAUCAGAGACAGAAAAAGGUACUAAUUCCUCGUUAUCCACUUUAGGAGGAAAAGUUGAAUAUAUGUAACAGAUUUGGGACGUAGUGGACCCAUAUUAGAAUUAUUACUAUACUUUUUAGUGAAUCAAACACUUCAAAACAUUGGACACCGCCUCCUGAGAAAUAAUCAUUACUAUAAUCUUUAGUCUGUUCUAUUCAGAGAUUAUCUUUUAUUUUCUACAACUUUUUAAAUUAUUUUUAAAUUAUUCGAUACCCCA